AUCAUCUCUGAUCAUACCAAGCAAACAAUGGAAAUAGAAGCCAUUUAUGAAAAUAUUCCGAAAAAGGUUAACGUGAACACAUCUGGACCUCAAACACAAAGUCAGAACCAGAGUGAAGCUCUAACCAGAAAAAGAAGCAGAUGGUUUGUGAUGAUUACAGUGUUACUCGGGCUCAUCUGUGUUUUACUGCUGGUUGCCAUCAUGGUGCAGCACAUUAAACUCUCCACAGAGAGAGAUCUGAUGAAGAUGGGCUACAUGAACAUAUUUGAAGAAUACAAUGAAACUCUGAGCACCCUGAAGAUGAAUUUCAGUCAACUGACAUAUGAAAGAGAAGAACUGCUGAAAAGAUUUAACUCUAUGAGCCAAAAGAAACUGGAGUUGGAGACCGAUAACAAACGUUUGAAGGGCAGGAAAGAAGAGCUUCAGAAAAACUUUAACUCUUUGAGUCAGAAGAAACUGGAGUUGGAGACCGAUAACAAACAUUUGACUGAUGAGAAAGAAGAGCUAAAGAAAAACUUUAGCUCUAUGAGUGAGAAGAAACUGCAGUUGGAGUCCAAAGUCAAGAAUUUGAACGAUGCACUAAUGAAGAAAUCAGGGUCGUACAUGUAUUUCAUAUCCACUGAGAUGAAGAGUUGGUCUGACAGCAGGCAGUUCUGCAGGGAUCGUGGUCAAGAUCUGGUCAUUAUCAACACUGAAGAAGAACAGAGAUACAUAUCUUCAAUUGCCAAGGGCAGAGUGUGGAUUGGUUUGUCUGACAUAGAAAAGGAAGGAAGCAUGACCUGGGUGGAUAACACACCAUUGAAUAAAUCGUUUUGGGACAAAGGUGAGCCAAAUAACGACCGUGAUAAUGGGGACUGUGUUGAAAUCCUGAGUUUCUUAAAACCUAUCCUAAACAACUGGAAUGAUCUUCCAUGCGCACAGAAGAGAAAAUGGAUUUGUGAGAAUCUGUGAGAAUCAAUCUUUUGAUCAUCAAAAAUAAGCAAUUGUUAUUGGAUCACUGCUUAUGCAUUUACAUCAGUUUUACAUCUUAAAAAAGUCUUCUGAUAUGGCCCCUUUAAAUUAAGCAGAGUUCAGAGCUAAUCUAGGGUUUGUUGAUCUCAGUUUAAUUUUAAUUUGAGAUGUGUUGCGCCACUUACAUUUUAACACCGAUUAACAAAUCUUAGAUUAAAACUUGAACCUGUAUUAAACCCUUCAUCCACAAUUUAUUUUGUCCACCACCAUUAAUUUUCUGGUAUAAUAAAACCGCAACAAUGUUGACGUUGUCAUUCAAAAAGGAAAUAAACAGUUUAUGCAGGCAAAGGUAAUGCAAUUUUUGUAUUAUAAAUCACUACCUACAUCGGUAACCUAAGGGCUGAUUCAAAUAAAAAUAUUUGACGAUCUAUUAACAUAUUCUAAACUGUUUUUAUUAAAAUCACAAUAAUGUUUUUUAAUUGUUAUUUUAAAUUCUCAUGUAUCUUUGUUUUAUUGUGAUUUUAUCGUGUGUCUCUUAUUUUUUUUUUUUCUCUUUUAUAUAUUGUUUUCUCAUUUCUAUGUAAAGCACUUUGAAUGACCUCUGUCAGGGCUCGAAAUUGCAACUGUUUUGGUCGCAUAUGCGACUGAAAUUUAAUCUGUAAAAAUCUGUAAAAUAUAUUUGGGAGCAUUUUUGCGACUGCCUAUUUUGUGGUGUGACUUGAUUUAGAUUGUGUAUGCUGUGUG